AUGAAUGUCAUCUCUGUUGAAGUCACGUAUCCCACAUUACACCAAUCACUCCUCUCUACCCCUCCACGUACACUAACACCCAUCACUCGUUCCCAGUCUUUUGCGAACAACCAAGUACCAAAUCAAAAAGGAAUUGUGGGAUGUUACGAUAUCCAUGAACUUGGUGAAGAAAUUAGACUGUUUGGAAUAUCAGACGAAACGCGGACGGCGUUACUGCGGGAACGGAAACCAGCGGCGCGGAAAGCUUCAAGAACGGCUGUAAGUACAAAGACGUCCAGUUUAACACGUGAUUCGCAAUACACCAAUAGGAACUAUCCAAGCUCAAAAUCCCGUGAACAUUCUCGAAAAUUGUUGAUACGUCAUUCGGCUGCCGCUCGAAGCUGCUAUGUUGAUUUCAGCGGAAACUUCCGUGAUGCAGUGCGGGCUCAGUCAGUCAAAAUGGCGCCCAAGAAUUCUGCGCCUGCAGUACAUCCCAAUCUCGGUCAGCGGAUAACACCAAAAACUCCACAAAGACCAAAAUGUAAGCAGUCGAGGCAAAGUAAAAAGAAAAUUUCAGCGUCGGUACCAGUGCAUAUCAAAGAAGGACUUCUUGUCAUUGCCAACGGACAAGUUGUUGACUUUCGCAAAGACGUAAAACGCUCGGCAAAUCUUGAAGACAGCGAGCGAAAGAGACUGCGAAAAGAAAUGCGCGAACAUUUGCAUAUUGUACGAUCUUUUGACGAUAUCUUCGAAAAAUUAGACGCGACAAAAAUGCAAAUCGAACGAAUAAAGUCAACGUGA